CUCUCGCGUCCCCUACCUGCAACUGAGCGACAUGGCGAAAGCGAGUGUCUCGUUGGACACGCUGGGUCCAUUCUUGGUCUGGCAGUUUCUUAUACCAGUGGCAGCAGGAUGGACUCAAUCAGUCCUCUACAGCAUCUUCAUUCGCGCCGGCGACCCUAAACCGCAACCUGGCACUCCACGCUACAUCAAGCAUCGCCGCAAUAUUCUAAUAGCCAUAUAUGCGGCCUAUUUUGCCUUUACCAUCUACGAAGUCGACUUCAACCUCCAACGCUCCAGCAACGCGUACAACGACCUCGGCGUACCGAUAGAUGUCGAUGAGAGCGGACUGAACUCACGCUUCAGGCGACUGACAAUCCGCUAUCACCCAGAUAAGAUUGGACCAAAUGUGGAUAGAGAUCGGGCAAACGACUUUUAUGUUCAUCUGAAGCAUGCUAGGGACAUCAUCCUUGAUCCUGCGAAGCGCUUUGCAUACGACCGCUUCGGACCAACCAUCUUUGCGCAGUGCCAGAGCUGUUUGACCAUCAAAGAUUACACGGACAGCGCGCUGCUCACUGCGGUUACGACCUACGGUGCACUCCUCAUCGUUCUCGUCGGUGCAAACGCCCUCGGUUUCCUUACUGAUGGCUCGUAUUGGCGCUACCUUGGUCUCUUGGCUGUCGCAACGUUCGAAGUCCGUACCGCGCUUCGCCCUGACCACCCUACCAUUCUUUCAAAAUACCUGAACCCACUCGUCGCGUCAACGCACUUCCGUCCUGCGUAUCUACCCUUCCAGAUCGUCACCAUAAUAAAGAAAGCUGCCAUUUCCCUCACGCAGUUCCUUGCUCUGCUUAUGCCACUUUACCGUGCCGAUCCUCAACAUCCUACCAAACCUACCGACGAUACCGAAGACACCCGCCACAAGCAGCUCGACCGUUUGAGUGGGCUCGUUGCAGAGAGCAACAAGGACGCGAAUAGACUGUUGGAGUUGGAGAGUAUACCAUACAGAGAUAACGAGAGGGCAAAGAGUGAGCUGAGGGAAGCACUCAAGAAAUACAUGGUGCAGAAUGUGGUACAUCAGGAGAGGGAGGUGAGGAAUGCAAUGGGCGAGGUUAUGAUGAGGAGAAGGACUGGUGUACCACAUGGUGCUGUAGGCACAAGAUAAGCUUGUUGCAAGCUGAUCGACGAAUGGUAGCAAUCUAAAACUAUUCUGUUAUGUCCUAGGGAUCCGGCAGAAACCAUAUUUGACGAUUCUGUCUAUUGCGCCUCACCGUUAAGGACUCUGCCUCUGGGUACUCAGUUCAUGCUCUCCUACCAUGGUUGAGGAAUGGAAGAUUGAUACGAUAGGACAGAAGACGACAAUAGGUAAGACGGAGCUCUGUCUGAUUAUGAUCAAUACGGAAGUGGCUUG